CGUGAAGCGGAAGUUUUUUUUUGCCCUACCUUUGUAAAAUAAAGCAGCCUCUUUGUGUUCAGAGGACUCUGGAGGUUGCUAUAUUUCUACCUGUCCUGUAACGAAGAAGAAGAGUGAAGUUCUCCCGCCACAGAGACGUCACUGAGGGAGAGCGACUGCACCGAACAUCCAGCAGCAUCAUGUCUGCAGACCUGGACCUGUCCCCUCCAGAUGUCCCUGAACCCACCUUCCUUGAGAGCGUGCUGCGCUAUGGCCUGUUUCUGGGCGCCAUUUUCCAGUUUAUCUGCAUCCUGGCUAUUUUCCUCCCCAUAUCCAAGGGGCAUGAACAGGAUGAGCACGAGUCCACGGAUAGUAAAGCUGCUGAACAGAUAAAGAAACCUAAAGGAGGAGCUCCUCAGAUCCGACAGAAGCCAAAGAAAGAGAGCAAGAAGAAGCGAUAGAAAGCUCUGUGUGUGUGUGUGUGUGUGUGUGUGUGUGUGUGUGUGUGUGU